GGGGCGGUGGUGGUGGGGGGGGGGGACUUCUGGCGGACAGCCUGGCCCCUUCGUGUAGGCGCAGAGGUCGCGGAGAAGAAAGCCCCGGCUUCGUGUGCUAGCAGGCUGGAUGCGACUCGACUCGACCACCGCUGCAUGUGUCGCGAACGGGGAAGAAUGAGUGAGAACAUCUGGGCGCGGCACACUUCAGAGGAAACCGUCUCGCCCUGUCGGAGGUCGUACGCAUUUCUGCCUUUUGCAUUUCCUUGCUGAAUGUCGUAGACAUUUUGAAUUUUUUUUUUUUUUUUUUUUUAAUGCUCCGUGUCAUUUAAGUCUUUCGAUUUUUUUUUUUUAAAGACCAGUUUUCGGGGUUUUUUUGCCCCCGUCGUCGCACUCUGUCGGUGUUUGUUUGACUUGGAACACCCCGGGAAGGCAAAUAUACUUAUUUAAAAAAAAAAAAGAAGUGUGAAAGCAAGUGGGGACGACGACGCCGAGCAGCUCGAGGACGCCUUGUGGAGCAGACCGAGCGGCUCUGCGAGGGGGCGACGCGAGCUAGCGGCUAAGGGCUAACACCAGCUAGCGGCUAACACCAGCUAGCGGCUAACACCAGCUAACCCUAACACUAGCGGAACCCCACAGUGAGCUGGACGUCGGGGGAGGUGGGGAACCUACACAGCCUCGCCGAUGUCCACUUCCUAAAUUCAAGUCGUGUCGAUGGUCGCGCCUCGCCCACAGCCCGGACACCGUCGAACGAGCCGCUGACUCGACAUUAACUUCGAUAAGCAAAUUGUUGCUGUUAGAUCUGUCAUCUACCAUCCACUGGGAUCCAGGCGCUUGAGUCCUAAAUGACAAGAUAGCCAUUCCAUGUGUAUCCCACAGACUCUGCAGUGACUGAGGAUGUCCAAGCGGAGCUUGUUUGUUCGCCUGGUGCCAUGCCGCUGCUUGCGGGGUGAGGAGGAGGCGGUGACAUCGCUGGACUACUCCCACUGCAGCCUGGAGACUGUUCCUAAGGAGAUCUUUAGCUUUGAGAAGACCCUGCAGGAACUCUAUCUCGAUGCCAACCAGAUCGAGGAACUGCCUAAACAACUGUUUAACUGCCAGUUACUACACCGACUGAGCAUGCCAGAUAAUGACCUGACAGUGUUGCCGGCAGCGAUUGCAAACCUCAUCAAUCUCAGGGAGCUUGAUGUCAGCAAAAACAGUAUCCAAGAGUUUCCAGAAAACAUCAAGAAUUGCAAAGUCCUAGCAAUUGUAGAGGCCAGUGUGAAUCCCAUAUCAAAGCUCCCCGAUGGCUUCACGCAGCUCCUGAGUCUGACGCAGCUCUACUUGAACGAUGCCUUUCUGGAGUUCUUACCAGCCAGCUUCGGCAGGUUGGCUAAAUUACAGAUCCUGGAGCUGAGAGAGAACCAGUUAAAGGUGUUGCCAAAAAGCAUGCAGAAACUCACGCAGAUGGAGAGGUUGGACCUGGGGAGCAAUGAGUUCACUGAAGUGCCUGAGGUGUUGGAGCAGCUGACUGGAAUCAAGGAGCUGUGGAUGGACGGGAACCGACUGACGUUUUUACCUGGGAUGCUCGGGACGCUAAAACAGCUGGUUUACCUGGACGUGUCAAAGAACAACCUGGAGAUGGUAGAUGAGCAAAUCUGUGGCUGUGAGAGUCUGCAGGACCUCCUGCUCUCCAACAAUGCCCUCACACAGCUGCCCGGCUCCAUCGGCUCACUGAAGAAGCUGACUGCACUGAAGGUGGAUGAGAACCAGUUGAUUUACUUACCGGACUCCGUCGGAGGUCUAACCACUCUGGAAGAGCUGGACUGCAGUUUCAAUGAGAUCGAGGCCUUGCCCUCGUCUGUAGGCCAGUGCGUUGGCAUCCGCACCUUUGCUGCAGAUCACAACUUCCUGACCCUGCUUCCCCCUGAGAUGGGCAACUGGAAGAAUGCAACUGUGCUGUUUCUACAUUCCAACAAGCUGGAGUGUUUGCCUGAGGAGAUGGGUGACAUGCAGAGGCUGAAGGUCAUCAAUCUUAGCAACAACAAGUUGAAGAAUCUUCCAUACAGUUUCACUAAACUGAACCAGAUGACUGCAAUGUGGCUGUCUGAAAAUCAGUCAAAGCCCCUUAUCCCCCUGCAGAAAGAGGAGGAUCCAGAGACACGCAAGACUGUGCUGACCAACUACAUGUUCCCCCAGCAAACCAGGACUGAGGACUACAUUCCCAACUCUGACUCUGAGAGCUUCAAUCCGGCACUGUGGGAGGAGCAGCGCAAGCACCGAGCUCAGGUGGCCUUUGAGUGUGACGAGGACAAGGAUGAGAGAGAAACACCACCGAGGGAGGGAAACCUGAAGCGCUACCCUACACCAUACCCAGACGAGCUGAAGAACAUGGUGAAGACGGCCCAGUCUGUGGCUCACAGGCUGAAGGAGGACGAGUCAGGUGACGAGUCGGGGAGAGAUGCAAAACCAGUGGAGAGGAACCACAUUGGUGUGCAGGACGUGGGUGUUAAGGUGAUCGAGGCCCCUUGCCCCAAUGGCGUGGCAGCAGACAAGGAGCCCCAAGUUUCCGCCAACUCAUGUGCCCAAGGUCCCUUCGCUCCGGAAUCAAAAGACAAUUCAGACACAUCUUACAGCUCCCAAAAAGUCCCUCUGAAAUCUUCAGAGGGCUCUGCGAUGAACCAUGAGGACACCAUGGAGGAUUCGGAGGAGCUGUCGGAUGAAGAAGAGGAGAUGAAGAUUGCAGAGAUGAGGCCCCCUCUUAUCGAGAUCUCCAUCAACCAGCCUAAAGUAGUGACUUUAUGUAAGGACAAAAAAGACGAUGGGAAAGACGCAGACUCUUUGUUGGAUGACACAGUGGCCAACAGCAACCAGAACAACAGUAACUGUUCAUCACCGUCACGCAUGUCUGACUCAGUGUCUCUAACCACUGACAGCAGUCAGGACAACUCUCUGUGCACACCUGAGAGAGAAGCAAAGAUGCCUUUCCUCCCGAAAAGCCGACAAGAAGAUGAGAAUAUGAACCAGCCUAAAGACACCACCCCUCUCCUCCACAUUGGAAACGGCUCUGAAACGUCCUUUCAGGCACUUUUGAAAACCCAACAGAUGCCGCCAGAAAAAAUGGGUGACUACGACCUGUCCAUGGAAGCCAGACUGGCCUUCAUUGAGAAGGGAAUCAACAAUGGCAUGGAGGACACCUACACCAAGUGGGACCAGAUCAAUAUGAACGUGUCCAAGCUGCCAACCGACAACAUGGUGCAGCUGGAUGAGCUGGACAAAACCAAGAAUGGGUCUGUAGCCCGGGAGGACUUGGUCUGCAAGCCCAAUUUCAGCAAUGACAACUUGGAGCAUUUUCAGAAUGGAAACCAGCAGGUCUUCGGCUGCAUCAAUAGUCUGGGCAACAAGAGCCAAGCGGUGAGAGGGGCGCCAUCUGCUGUGCACGUGGCCUCGACAGGCGUGACAGCCAGCAGCGACAUGUCUCUGUCUCGUAGCACAGAGGAGCUGUCUCCAGAAAAAAGGUGCUAUCCCCCACAGGUGAUGAAGUCGCACAGUGUCAGCAACAUAGAAACAGGGGGCUUGAGGCUCUUCUCCUUUGAUGGGGAUGAUGACUCGUACGAUACAGCAGUAUCAAUGACCAGGAUGGCAGGAGCCGGCCCCGGGCUCGGAGCUCAGGGCCAGAGCAUCGUCAGGAGCAAGUCAGCCAGCCAGUUACUCAAUGACCAGACUCUCCAGGUCUACCCCGGCUCCACUGCAUCGUCCUCAGACCUGCUCUCCUCUCCCAUGCUUCCUGCCAGUACCAGCAGAUAUCCCGUCUCCUCCAGCAUGGCCAUGGGCCUCCCUCCUCCUCAGUACAACAUACAGUACACAAGCAGUGCUGUGCCAAAAGAGGGCCUGUGGGCCCAGAGGAUGCCCAUGCCCCCAGAGCACCAGAGCUUCCUCCCCCCUCCUCCUCACUCACUAGCGAACACCAACUACUCCAAUCGUAACCAGGCACCUCCGUACCCUCUACAGCCCCAGCAACGGGGGCCUCCCAUGGCUCCCAAACCUCCUGGGGACAUGUGGGCAAAGGAGAGACUUCAUUCUACUGGCAGUCAGCCUCGCAGCAGCACUCUGCAGAGGCAAAGCAGCUCCGCCUCCACGGCGUCAAUGGGUGACCCGAGGCGCAUGCAGCUGCCUGAGGGGGAAUAUAUGACGUACAGGGACAUUCAUACCCUCGCCAGGGGGCCACUGGCAAUGAGCCAGGCCGCGCAGAGGCCCCUGUCAGCUCGCACGUACAGCAUCGACGUACCCGGAGCAUCCAGGCCCCCGGCUGCCCGCCCGCAGCCCCACGAGCUUCCAGAGAGGACCAUGUCCGUCUGUGACUUCAGCUACCAGCACAGCAGUCCCAGCAAAAGGCCCAACACCAGGGUGAAGUCUGAGCACUCACUCCUGGACGGUCCUGGACAGGUGGGCACAGGACGGGUGCCCACUGAUUGGAGAGACCAGGUGAUGCGUCACAUCGAGGCCAAGAAAAUGGAAAAGAGUGCGCUGUCUCGCUCCUAUAAUUCCAAUAAUGCCCCGCUGAGCUGGUCUCACUACGGCAGCUGUAGGGAUAUGCAUGCCAGCCAAGGGUCUCUGGUCUUUAGUGCCAGAGAGGAACAGCCCUACGGAGCUCUGGGCUUCUGUGAUGAUGUGUAUGUUCCCCAGGGGCAACAGAGCUACACCAUGGACCCCCACAGAAAAGUGCCUUUGAUGAACGGACAGAUGGGCCCCUCCGGUCGUCCUCAGAUGAGCCAGGGGCCCAUGGCCCGCCACCCUUCCAGAGAGCAGCUCAUUGAUUAUCUGAUGCUCAAAGUCUCCCAGCAGCCACCAGGGGCCCCCCGGGGUCCACACGACGCAAUGCAGCAAGAGCUCCAUGUGAAAGUGGAGAAGAAUCCAGAGCUGGGUUUCAGUAUAUCAGGGGGAGUAGGAGGCCGAGGAAACCCCUUUCAUCCAGAUGACAAUGGUAUAUUUGUGACAAGGGUCCAGCCUGAAGGACCAGCAUCCAAGAUUCUGCAGCCUGGAGAUAAAAUAAUCCAGGCAAAUGGAUACAGCUUUGUGAGUAUCGAUCAUGGGAAUGCCGUGUCCCUCCUGAAGACAUUUCCAAACACUGUGGAUUUGACUAUCGUACGAGAUGCAUAGACUCAACCGAAACUGACCUCUGGAUGGGGAGGGGGUGAGAGGAAAGAAGAAGAAGAGAGACAUUUAUGUUGACUCUCAUAUUUUUUAUACACAGAAGAGACUGAUCUGUUGAUGUCUGUCGGGACUAUUUAUACGCAAGAUUGUCACAGCCUUGAUUAAAACUGGGAAAACCACUGAAUGUCGUGGAUCCAAGUGGGAGGACAUCAACCAUCUGCAAGUACGAGUCCUCAAAAGGCCAUCACUGUGGUAUAUAUAUUUUUAUACAGAAGAAGCUGAAGAUGCUCUGAUGCAAAUAAUUACUGUGGUCUCUGUACAGAUCAUCUUUUUCCCCCCCUUUUUUUUUUGAUUUUUUUUAAUCCAAAAAAACUCAUGAAUCCUUUAUCAUACUUUGUUUUUUAUUUCUGCGGAUGGAUAUGAAUUGACCACUAGGGGGGCAGGGCUCCCUCUCCUGUCCUCCACUUUGCCUUUCUAUCUUAUUUUAUUUCACCUUUUUUUUUUACACUUUUUAUUUAAGAUGUUGAAACCUUUUUUUAGGGGGGGGGCUGCCGAGCGAUAUUCUAUGGAGGACAGUGUUAUGUGCUUUUCGUGUGGAGACGAAUGUAGAUCAAGUUGGGGGAGAUCUCUCUUUCUCCUUGUGAGAUCGAAGAGAAAAUCAGUCCCCCCUGCUCCUGUAAACCUGUGAACACGUUCCAGCUGACAGACACCUGUCUUCAGUCAAUCACAAAAUCUCUUCACUGCAACUCAACUGCUCACUUCACCUUCACCUAACCUCACAACAAGAAGUCCCUUGCAAUAGAAAAGAAUCGCAGCCUUCAGCUGUUGAAGAAAUACACUCUUCAUGUGAUCCUUUAGUGAGACUGAGAGAUGGAAUGGAAAUUGGCAAAGGUAAUCUGCUUUGCCAGUCAGAAGGUUUUGCUUAUAGAAAAGCUUGGACACUUUGGGAAACGAUCUAAUUCACUUUCAGAUGGAUCGUUCGACAGGAAGAUUGGAGCUGCAGGUAGCAGCCAGUUAUCACUCGCCUGACUCUGCCAAAGGCUAACAGCAUCCUCAAGUCCAAAAACAAAAUGUUCUAUCUCAUUUGUAUAAUACGUACUAAAAACCAAAGUGUAAAAUGUUACACAACAUUUUUUACCAGAGGUUAUGUGCCAAACUAUGUCUCGGCGAAGAGCUGUAACUUCCUUCAGACACCGCUGGUUUGUGGCUCAGUCAAGAUAUUGACCAUAACGUUCUGUAAAAUGGCAAACAGUUGCCUUUACACACAAACAUUAGAUGUAGCAGGACAAUUACUGGACUUCAUCGGUACCGGAAGGUAGGUUUUAGCACUUUUGAACAGAGCAAUGCUAGCAGCUUCCCUCAGUUUCCAGUCUUUAUACUAAGCUAAGCCAACGAGGUGCUUGGCUGGAGCGUUAUAUUCAACAGGCAGAUGUGAGAGUGGAAUCCGUCUCCUCAUCUUAUCUCAUUGCUCCACCAAACAGUGAAUCCACACAUUUCCCUCAAUGUCACACUGUUCCGUUAAGCAAAGAAAUUUGUGGGUUACGCCAGUUAACCAGAGCAAGUUAGGAAAUUGUGGACAGAAAGCAAAAGCAGGAGACAACAAAAGAAGGACAUUGGGAUAAGGAGAGGUCAACGUUUCACGUUUUAUUUUUUAAAGGGCUUCAUCUUUCAGGCAGCCACUGAUUAGGUGAGUUGGUUUUACAGGGGUUUCAGCAUCUGGCAGUUUUACUUUUUACAUGGGAGAAGACCACAGUUUGCCUUUUGUGUCUAUACAGAUGUUUUUAAUCAUACGUUUUAUUCUGAACUUUGGGGCAAUGCCCCCCCCCCCCUUUUUUUUUUUGCUGUACGGAGAAAAGAGUUUGGAGAAACAAGUUGUCAAGUGCCAUAGACCUUGAACUGUUUGAGUAGGGGAGGACCUCUGACCCCAGAACCCAAGCAAUAUCCACAUGUCCACAACCUUCUGAGUACAUUUGCAGCAUAACGGCUUAAAAAGCAAUAUUGAAAGCCUUUUUUUUUUAUUCAGAAAAACAUCAGAUAGCGUUUGUUUUUGUUUUUUUAAGGCAACCUUUUACUAAUCCCUGAUGGUUUUACAUGAUUUUUAUAUCGUGAGAUAAACUUUGUUUUUUUGUAAAGAAAUUGCACAGUAAAUAUGUAUGGUAGUGCUAAAAAAGAAAAGAAAUUAUUUCUCCGCAUUGUGUAAAAGUGAAUGUUUGUGUCACUUUGCCCAAAGCUUUUAACCGUCUGAUGCUUCAGAACACCAUCACUGCUGGUGUUCAUUUGUGCAAAGUGAUCACCCCCCACUGUUGAACAACAGAAUCCAGUCAUAGCUGCGUCUGAAAACAAACAAAAUGACUGUGAAAGAAGCGUCAGAAGGAAAAAAUGUGUCCGUUUGAACACGUACCCGUCGGUUGCAUGAAAUCAAGUGGUGAAUAAUGAAUCGGUGAGACGUGUUUCCAAAAAAAUGGAAAUGAUUAAAUUCACACAUUAAGCAAUGUCUCCGUAAAUCCCAGCAGCACAUUUGUGACCACUGAAUUGUUUGUAAAGUAAAUGAUAGAAAAUUCAAAUUUGUAUCCCUUGAAUAAUUAGUCGUCCUGUUUAAAAUUGGUAAAUUUUGACAACGUCAUUUCUUUUCACGCAACAUUCUAUUUUACACAGAUGAACUGUUUGUAUUUGUUUUGAUUUUGUUGGUGAUCUCUGUUGACUUUCUUUGAAUAGAGGGGAAAAAACAUUCUGGGGUAAUGGUCACUUUAUAUUCACGGCAGACACGUACAGUCCGACAUUGUAGACAAUCUAGGGGAGGUAAAACAUUUUCUUCAUCAAUGUUGGUUUCCUUUGCUCCCGCUUUGUUCUUAUUUAUUUAGCCGUCUCCUAUGAACUUUAGACCGUACUAAUCAAAUUGUAAAUACUCUAAAAAAAAAAAAAUUGACGAAUGAGUUAUUAAUGGCAUUAGUGACUUGCGAUUGUAAAACCAGCAAUAAAUUGCAAUGCAGAGGCACCCAUUUUAAUGUAUAGCUAGUAUCUCCACGGUUUCUCUGGAAACUGCCACAGUAAGUUGAUUGAUAUGCAUUUAUCCAACAUUCCAGAUUUUGUACAUAAUUACCUGUUUCUGAAGUAACCUGUGGAAAAUAAACUAAUGCUCUUUAACAAGA